UCCUAUCUCAAAAAACAACAGCAAAAAGAACUAACGUGAAAUGUUUGCUUCAACUAAAACUUGGAAAGAGGAAACAUGUUGGAAGAGAUUACCAAAGAUUAAAAGUAGAGUGAAUAUAACCUAGAUAGAACUGAUGUUUUGUGUGGAAUUUAGUAUCUUUAACUUAAUAAACCAGCAGGAACUGUAUGAACACAACACACCCAACUGACAAACAGAACUAACAUGUUUAUUUAGCUGUAUGUAUAUAUGCUUAACUACACCCGAGGAAGCUGUAGAGUUAGAAAAACAUGAACCAUUAACAGAUGUGACCUCCUUGCAGAACUUUUACUUUGAAAAAGAAGUACUUCUGAACCAGAUUCACAUGUUUGAUAAUUUGGAUGCAGAGAAAAUGGGGCAGAAAGCAUCACAACAGUUGGCUCUGAAGGACAGCAAAGAGGUGCCCGUCGUCUGUGAAGUGGUCAGUGAAGCUAUAGUCCAUGCAGCUCAGAAACUGAAGGAGUACCUUGGAUUUGAAUAUCCUCCAAGUAAACUCUGCCCAGCUGCAAAUACUCUGAAUGAGAUCUUCUUAAUCCAUUUCAUCGCUUUCUGCCAAGAAAAGGGAGUUGAUGAGUGGCUGACCACCACCAAGAUGACCAAGCAUCAAGCCUUCCUGUUUGGUGCAGACUGGAUUUGGACCUUUUGGGGAUCUGACAAGCAAAUAAAGCUUCAGCUGGCAGUACAGACUCUGCAGAUGUCUUCACCUCCUCCUGUGGAAUCUAAGCCUUGUGACCUUUCCAAUCCAGAAUCAAGGGUAGAGGAGUCUUCCUGGAAGAAAAGUAGAUUUGAUAAGCUGGAAGAAUUCUGUAAGUUAAUAGGAGAGGAUUGCCUGGGUCUGUUUCUCAUCUUUGGUAUGCCAGGAAAGCCUAAAGACAUCAGGGGAGUUGUCCUGGACAGUGUCAAAAGUCAGAUGGUGAGGAGCCAUCUGCCAGGAGGGAAGGCUGUGGCUCAGUUUGUCCUGGAAACUGAAGAUUGUGUCUUCAUCAAAGAGCUGCUCAGAAACUGUCUGAGUAAGAAAGACGGGCUGAGAGAGGUGGGCAAGGUUUAUAUUAGCAUUCUGUGACUUGGAUAUGUAUUAUGUGACUGGCCUGUAAGAGGAAAAGAAAAAAAGAUUCUAAUAAGCGAGCUUACCUAUUUGCAGCAUUCCAGCAUGGGACUUUUUUUCGUUUUCCCAUUGAUUGAAAAUGAUUACUGGGAUCAAAGUACAUUCAUGUCACAAUUACAGAGAGAGAAAAAAAGAAAACCCUGGCUCUACCUAUGAUUUAAAAACAGUUCAGGAAAAGUUAUAAUUUAGUUUAAUAUUUCAUUCACUUAUUCAACAAUAAAAAUGGAAGAGAGAUAAUAAAGUCACAUUUAAAGUUUGAUUUGCAA